AGAAAGCCGCACACACUGAGGGUGUGUUUACAGUUGGCUGGUUUGGUUUGAUUAAAAUGAACUCCGGUGCAAUUGGUCUGUUAGUGCGGUUAAUUUAAAUAAGUGUGAACACUGCCAUCCGAACCUUGGUGUGCACCAAACAAGCAGCAGACCAAAACCCACUUAAGCUUCAGCCAUGUCACACACUGCUGUACAAGGAAGUAUGGGUAGUCGCUACGCCACAGGAACGAGCUCCCACAGAAUAUAUCUGUUUGAGUAUGAGAAUUUCCAAGGGCGCAUGAUGGAGCUGAGUGGAGAGUGUCGUAACAUCUGUGACAAGGGGCUAAACCGUGUGGGCUCCAUCAGAGUGGAGUGUGGGCCAUGGGUAGGUUUUGAGCAACAGGAUAUGACCGGUGAGAUGUUCAUGCUUGAGAGGGGCGAAUACCCUCGCUGGGACACUUGGUCCAACAGCUACCGCUGUGAUCGUCUCAUGUCUGUCCGGCCCAUUAGAAUGGACCCACAGGACCAUAGAAUCUGUCUGUUUGAGUGCAUGAACUUUGAUGGUCGUAAGAUGGAGGUUUCUGAUGAGGACAUCCCAAGUUUGUGGUGCUACGGCUUCCAGGACAGAGUCGCCAGCAUUCAAGUAAAUGGUGGAACGUGGGUUGGAUAUCAGUAUCCAGGCUACCGUGGAUAUCAGUACCUGUUUGAAUUUGGAUCCUACAAACACUGGAAUGAAUGGGGCGCCCAUCACCCCCAGAUCCAGUCUGUGCGAAGAGUGAGGGACAUGCACACGCAUCCCAGAGGCUGCUUCGAGAUGGCAUAAGGAACGACACACAGCAUGGACAGGCGGUCACAACAAAACCCUGCAGAGAAACCCUGUGGAAUGUUAAAAACAAAACAACAACAAAAAAUCUUCAUAAUCAAAAAGAGCUGCUCUAAAUAGGGAUGAACUAUCAUGUGUUCAUGUGGGUCAUGACUGGUUGCAGAACCACUUUUAAGUCCAGCAUUUUACAUCCAACCGCUUAGUUAAAAAUAAGAUAAAACUAUUUUAUGUUCCAAAUUGAAUGCUUGUUGAAGCAUUCAUCCGUUUUGUUUGCAAGUUUUGCAUCAUUGCAUGUUUUUUUGCUCUACCCAAACCUCCUAGCAUUUUGUUUCAUUAGUUUAUAUAAGAAUAUCUACCAUCCACUAUAUGACCUAAAGCUAAUCAGAAUCAAUUUCUAAUUUAGCUGCUAAACUCUGCAGGGAAUAGUCACUGAACCAGAAGGAGGUGCAAUUCAGCGCCUC